AUUCAUAAUGAGUUCUCCAAGGAAUACUCCUCUUUAUCCUGUAAAUGAAUCGCAAAGUUUCGUAGCUAGCGCUCUUGGAUCUGCAUCCAAGAGCAACCUAGGUAAGACUUUGCCUUCGCAAAGUCUUAACUUUGGUAACUUGAUGCUGAGGAUGAGCGAGAAUAGAAAUUCAAUGACUCCACAGGACACAGGCGUCUCUCCAAGCAGAACAAGGAUCCAAGCCCUUGGUGAAAAGUUUAGGAAUAUUAACAAAAGAGCUGAAGAAGAUAAGAAUUCCAAGAAGAAAUCUCUGAUGCAGAAGAUUAAUAACCUCCAAGAGAAGGUUAAGCAGAAAGGAGUAGCAAAUGACAUCCAAUUCAAAAUUCUUAAAGAGCAAAUUGACAGACUUUAUGAUGAUAUUGAUGAAGAGAAGAGGAUUAGAGAAGAAUUUGAGGAAGAGCUUGAGUCUAAUAUCUACCCUGUGCCCAAUAGUAACAAGUAUAUGAACCUCGAGCAGAUCAGCACAAUGGUGCUGGAAAAGGAGCAUGAAGCUAGGAAAGAAUCUGACACUCAUAUACAGUCUAUAGUUGAUGAAAAGAUCUUUGCUCUCACACUUUCUCUUGCCAAAGAGAAGAAAGCAAGGGAGGAAGAUGAAGACCAAUACUUUAAUGAUCUUAUUGAAGAACUUCAGGCUCUCAAAGAAGAGAUCGAGUUCGAGAAAAAUACUACUGAAGAGAACUCAGAAAAAUUGAUACAGAAAUUAUCUCAAGAAAUUGGAAGCUUCCAUGAAAUUUUAUAUGAAGAAAUUGAGAAUAGAAAUAAAGGAGAAGAGAACUUGUUAAAAAUCAUUGAAGAGGCCCAAGCUAAUCUCAUUUCUGAUCUUGAGCAUGAGAAAACAGAUCGAGAAGAGACAGAAGAAGGUCUUGUUAAGCUUCUCGAAGACACAUGUCAAAGAGUUGAGCAUACCAUUGUCAAAGAAUAAUUUCCAAAUUAAUUCCAACAAAGCAGGAUAAGUAA